AUGGUGGCAGAGGCUGACGCCGGGUCCCAGAGCAGCGGUGUUCGGCUGAAACAGGAGAUCUCUCUGCUCCAUGGAGUUUGUCUCAUUGUUGGAAACAUGAUCGGCUCCGGCAUUUUCAUCUCGCCCAAGGGAGUCUUGAUACACACCGGCUCAUAUGGCCUGUCACUCGUGGUCUGGACUGUAGGAGGGAUUUUCUCUGUUUUCGGUGCACUGUGCUACGCGGAGCUGGGGACCACCAUCCGCAAAUCUGGAGCCUCGUAUUCCUAUAUCCUAGAAACCUUUGGCGGCCUCUUGGCGUUCAUUAGUGUUUACAUCUCUGGAGGAGUAAAAACGUACAAAGAGAAGAUGAAGGAGAUCUCAGUGCUGUCGCUCAUCUGCUCCUGUCUCUAUCCCGAGACACGCAAAAACAUCAUGGGAGACUUUGAAGACCUGGACAUUAAACCUAUCAACAAGCGAGCGUCAGGUCAGGCUUUCGAGGUGAUCCUCAAGCCCUCCUCCCCGGUGUCCGAGUCAGCCCACUGCAUCACCAGCCCCCCCAAGAGGGACGUGUCCCUGGAGGACAUCCAGAAGAAACUAGAGGCCGCUGAGGACCGGCGGAGAUCCCAGGAGGCGUCCGUGCUGCGAGCGCUGGCUGAGAAACGAGAUCACGAGCGCGACGUGCUGCUCCGAGCCAUGGAGGAGAACAGCAACUUCAGCCGCAUGGCCGAGGAGAAACUGCAGCUCAAGAUGGACCAGAUCGAGGAGAACCGGCUGGCUAACAUGGCCGCCCUGAUGGAGCGUCUGCAGGAGAAGGAGAGGCACGCCCAGGAGGUGCGCAGGAACAAGGAGUUGCGAGAAGAGGUGACCGCAUGA